CCGGUGCAUUAUUAACUCCACACAAGCACCAAGAGGAAUCGAGUUAUCCCUCAGUCGCGUACACUCUCGGUUUAAGUGGCCCAACGUGGGCGGCGCGUCGAGGGGCCGAUCCGGCGGCUCCGCGCAUGCAGGACUCACUCGCUGGGGACGGAGCGCGAGGACAUGACGGUUCAACCUGCGGAAGGAGAAAAAGCGUGCAUUCAAAAAAAAGAAGAAGAAGAGUUUUUGAUCCGGUGCCAGCCGUGAAGGACACGGUAGUGUCCGUGUAAUGGUGCGCGCGUCUCCAAGGUGGAUUCGGUUUCCAGGUCGGUAACAAACUGCAUUUUCACGAGACACCGACCGGCACGGAACAGGACUGGGACAGCUGAUCUCCUGAAGAGACAUCUCUGCUCCUGGACUCCUCGUGAAACCAUCUUAAUGGAUCAUUAAAUCACCCGCGUAGACUUGAUUAUACCCCCCCCCCUCUCUGUUGACAGAAGUGACAUUUCAAACAUCUUGUUUGGGUAUUUUAUGUUUUUUAUUUCUAGUGGACCAUUAGCUAAUUGUGCGACUUUUUCUUUUUUGUGCACAUGUGAAAGUCAGAAGUUGAGUGGAUACAUUUUUUUUUUCUUCACAAGAAGACAUUCAGGACUCGCGUGAACAUAAUGUGAAAAAUCAAGGUGUGGAAAUGCGUCGCAAAUACUUCAGUCUGCUCGGGGUGUGUGCCAUCCUCAGCCUCCUGCCCUCCGGUUCAUCGGCAGAUCUGACAUGUGAAGCUCUCCUCCUGCUUUCAGGGAAUGUCUCACUACAGUCGCUGGCCUCCUCCUGGAACCAGACCCUGAUCAACGCCACCAGCCAGAGGAGCGGCCCGGGACUCUCCUGCGACACCUCCAUCGACGGCAUCGGCACCUGCUGGCCGAGGAGCGGCGCCGGCCAGAUGGUGUCGCGACCCUGUCCCGAGAUGUUCUACGGCGUCAGAUACAACACCACCAAUAACGUUUAUAGGAAAUGCCUUGCCAAUGGGACAUGGGCGCUGAAGGGGAACUACUCCAUGUGCAAGGCCAUACUUCACGAGGAGAAAAAAGGCAAGAUGCACUACCAAAUAGCUGUGAUCAUAAACUUCCUGGGUCACUGCAUCUCCAUGGUGGCCCUGCUGGUAGCCUUCUUCCUCUUCUUGUGUUUGAGGAGCAUCCGCUGCCUGAGAAACAUCAUCCACUGGAACCUGAUCACCGCCUUCAUCCUGAGGAACGCCACCUGGUUCAUCGUCCAGGUGACCAUGAGUCCCGAGGUGCACGAAAGCAACGUGGUUUGGUGCCGUCUCGUCACCGCCUCCUUCAACUAUUUCCACUCCACCAACUUCUUCUGGAUGUUUGGCGAGGGCUGCUACCUGCACACCGCCAUCGUGCUCACCUACUCCACCGACAAGCUGCGCAAGUGGAUGUUCAUCUGCAUCGGCUGGUGUAUUCCAUUCCCUAUAAUUGUGGCAUGGGCGAUCGGGAAGCUGUACUACGACAACGAGAAGUGCUGGUUUGGGAAGCGAGCCGGCGUGUACACGGACUACAUCUACCAAGGUCCCAUGAUUCUUGUCUUAGUGAUUAAUUUCAUUUUCCUCUUCAACAUCGUGAGGAUCCUGAUGACCAAACUGCGAGCCUCCACCACCUCCGAGACCAUCCAGUACAGGAAAGCUGUGAAGGCCACGCUGGUGCUUCUCCCUCUCCUGGGAAUCACCUACAUGCUGUUCUUCGUCAACCCGGGGGAAGACGAGAUCUCUCAAAUCGUCUUCAUAUAUUUCAACUCUUUCCUGGAGUCCUUCCAGGGCUUCUUUGUGUCUGUGUUUUACUGCUUCCUAAACAGCGAGGUGCGGUCGGCUGUGAGGAAGCGGUUCCACCGCUGGCAGGAGCAGCACUCCAUCCGAGCCCGGAUGACCCAGGCCAUGUCCAUCCCCACUUCACCUUCACGGGUCAGCUUUCACAGCAUCAAGCAGUCCACAUCGCUAUGAAAGCGGAGGCCAGCGCCGUCCUGGAUACGGGCUUUGGGCUGUCGUCAUCGUUUUCUGCCACGUCGUUGAAGUACACUGAAACACUUUGUGAGCUGGGGCAAAAAAAGCUUCAGAGAGAAACACGGAGAGCGUGAUGGAGAGAGAGAGAGUGGCUGCAUCAGCCUCCUAAACCUCAGGAGGGACUUUAUAUACAGACUUGAAAAUGGAUAAGGACGGAGAUAGAGGACACUUCAGGCUUUAGGAAACAAGAGGUUAGUGGAUCAAAAGAUGCACGUGACCAAGCUGAGUUUGACUUUGAUUCUGGGUGUGAUGCACAGCACUCCAUGUUCUUUAAUGUUUGCAGGUCAUAUCAAUUCUCUGUUGUAUUCCUGCUUGCACACUUGGUUUUUGUUUGUUUUUUUGCCAUCUUUACGUCAGUGAGAACUCGGAGCUUGUGUCGCUGGACUGCACUGAACCGAACCGGAUUCCACCCAAGGGGACACUGGACUCAAACAGCCACUUUUAAUUUAUUGAAAUGCAUUUAUUUUUUAGCUUUUUUCAUUGUCAAAUUGUCUGGUUAUAGUGUUUGUUAAUUUGGUGUUGUGAUUACUUCCUCUGUUCACAGCCAGCUUGGUGCAGUUGGGGUACUUUUCAUUCACUUUCCAGAAAGUUUAAGCACAUUCCAUAACUUCCUACCUGAAGAGUUUUGAUCCAAAAUAUUACGUGUACCAUGAAUAGAAGCACGUAAGUGGGGAAGCAGUGAAAUUUGAAGUCAAAUGAGUAGAUCGAUACCAAUGUCAGCCAUUUGAGCCAUGAGGCAAUUAGCGUAGCUUAGCAAAAAUACUGGAAGCAUCUUCAACUUCCAAAAAACAGUGGUGGAAGUAAGCUCGCUAAUCAACAGUGAAUGUUGGAAGCUUGGGUGGUGGCGGCCAGGGCAGUGGUUGG